GCGGGUAAGGAUCGCAUUCCUUUGUCGGCCUUUUUUCCUCGGUCGUGUAAUAUAAAAAAAAAACCAGUAGGAAAAAGAGAAACAGAAAGAAGAAAUAUUUGAUUUCUUCAUAGUUCAAGGUGCAUUUUCAAGAUCAUAUCGCCAAAGGCCGUCACAGUAGAGAAUAUCUCAUUGUGGAGGGAAACGAUCGACCCAAAAGGCAUCGGCAUGUUACGAUCUCGCCAAGCAAACACAGCGAUGCCGAUGGAAGCGGUGACGUGACAAAGAUCGAAGUGGAGCUCAAGGAAGCACCAGAUGCUGUCAUCGUCGGUUCUAUGUCAUCGGAAUUGGAAGCCACCACCGAGCUCAAUUCGACCUUUCCCAAUGAAACGAGAGAGGAUUUAAUCAGGGAUUGCAGAAACGGGCGCGGUAGUGGUACGAGCCGAGGAGGUCCUGAUUGUCGUUCUUGUCCUGGUCCUAUGGGUGGCUGCCAUCGCUCUGUUUUUCAAUCGAUGGGGCAAGAUCCGCAUGCUCGAACCGUACCAGCCGAAAUUUCAGCAACAACACAGACAAAGCUGCACCAUAAUCGACCCAAGCCCACUCCAGCAUCGGAGUUCGAAGUUUAACAUCUACUGCAUGGAGCAUCCGGUGCAUCAGGUGAGCUGCGUCUCGGCCGUCGGGCCGGCUACCAGGCUGCGCCAGAACAGCGUGUUCGUGGGUUCGAGCAUGUCGCUGCUGCCGGCAAGUCAGGAGACGCCUAGGAGAGCCAAGAGCGCGUUCGAUCUGCAAUCGCUGGUGCACGCGGAGGGCAUGGGGACGCAGAACGAUGAAGAGGAAAGCGACGGUGACACGCUGAGGACCCUUAGGUCUAUCGGCGAGACGUCGCGACUGUUGCAGCGCGAGCGUCGAUCCAGCGCUUACCAGUUCGACCGUAUGGACGUCCUGGCGAGGCCGACGUUGCAGCACGAGCGCGGCAUGAGUAUCUGUCACUUCGACAGGACAGAGGUCCUGGCCAAACCGCUGCAGAGAGAUCGCGGCAUGAGUAUCUGCCACUUCGACCGGAUGGACGUCCUGGCCAGGCCGACAUUGCAGCGCGACCGCGGCAUGAGUAUUUGCCACUUCGACCGGACGGAUGUUCUGGCGAGGCCGCUGCAGCGCGAUCGUGUCAACAGCAUCUGUCACUUCGACAGAAUGGACGUGCUGGCGAGACCCACGUUUCCGCCCGGCAAGUCUUUGUUGCGGGAGAGACGCGUCAGCGUGUGCAACUUCCUGGAGAGGGACGAGGAAUCGUCGAUUGGCAGAAAUAUUUUGCAAAAGGACAGACGGUUGAGCUUCAGUAACGUCGACAGAAUCGAGACUCUUGGGAAAUCAUUGUCGCGUAGAGACCUGCGCGGCAGCAUCAGCAACGUGGUGGACAGCAAACAGGACAGCCUAGCGAAAUCGAGCACGAUCAGAGAGAGGAACAACUCCGUGCACUUUGAUCGUCCAUCCUGCAGCAAAACGUCCGACGUCGUACUCGGAUACAAAGCGACGUGCGUUUAAUCGGGGCUUCUUCCGGCGUCUGAAGAACGCGCGAAGAAGGCGUUGAUUCCGUGACGAUGGUCCAGUCGCGGAUCCACUUUGGACGAAAUACGGCUGUGAAAUCCUUUCGUAAUCGCUUUCGACGCCACUUUUAUCGUUUAUAUUUCUUCUGCUCUUUUAUGAAUUCUUCUGAGAGAUACCACAGCCCCGAGCACCGAUGGCCCUUAUUGAACCGUCAAAAUGCGGUAAAUAAUCUCUAUUUAAACUCCGGUUUCGAAUAAUGGCUUUCCCUCAUUUUCUCCUUUGCGCGAUAAGCGUCGACUUCGCUCGCUCGUUUUGUAGAUGAAAAACGAUCUAGCCUCGGUCAGAGAAAUAUCUCACAUUUUCUGCGCUUGCGAAAUGACUUCACAAGAGUGCACGUCGGAUUUUUAGGUGUUCUCCGGAAAUUAAAGGCGUGUCGCGUCGCGUGGACACGCAACAGGAGGAUGGAGGUUGAAGAGCGUUUUUCAUCCCUUUUUCUCCCUUUUUUCUCCCGUUUGUUUUUUUCCCCGCCUUUUUGCCGUGGGCUAAAUGUAAUAAUGAGACUACCUACCGAGCGUCGAUUGCAUGAAUGAUACAUGACGGGCAUUUCAACGAAUUCG